UGACAGAAUCGUGCCCACCCCGCCUCCCCACUUUAGCCACGAGCGAAGCUGACCUCUCCACCUGAGUGCUUUUAACCUUCUCAGAUGCAGACGGAGCGAGGAUGUGUGGAGCACAAUGAAUUAUUCAUAAAAGUGACUUGAAAGCGUCAGCGUCGACUUGAAGACCGCUUUGAAGCCAUUUGAAAAGUGUUUUCCAAAUUUCGUCUGCGCCACGAGAAGCCCUCUCGGGGAAAAGUCCUCCCUCGGGUUUCAAAAUCGGUCCACUGCUGCCUUUCGCUAACUUGAAGGAGGAGGGGGAGAUAAAUCGCCGUCCAAUUCCCAAGUGCUCUGUUUGUUGUCACCCGAUAAUUGAGAUAUCGCUUGGCCACUUAAGCUCGCAAAAGACACCAAAUGAAGCAGACACUCCACGGGCGUCCUUAAAGUGGACGUUUUCAGGAGCUUUUGAAAGUAUCUGCGGUAGAGUGAAGAGGUGUAUUUCUCUGGUCAUUGAGCAGCAGGAGGUUUUCUCUCUCUCUUUCUUUCUUUUUUUUUGUAUUUUCACGUCAGCCUGAGCUCAGCCGCACCAUGAUUGAUGUCGGGAUUUCCUUUGUCCGACAUGAUAAAUGUUGAAAAUGGGAUCUACUUACCAUACAUCAUUUUUUUUCCCCCCUCCCUGUGUUCUUUAUAACGCUCCUCUGCACCGUUCUGUUCCUGCGAGUCCGUAUUUUAACGAUGUACUGAUGCAGCUGUCCACUGUGUCGUUUUGUCCAACUACGCAGUGAUGCUUGUCGCUGUGUUUUUGCACAAAUCACCCUUGCCGCCUUACCAGAGAGGAUUCUUCUGCAAUGACAACGGCAUCAGUCUUCACUAUAAGAGCAGCACAGUGUCCAACACGGUGCUCAUGGCGGUGGGGGUCACUGUGCCUGUGGUCUCAAUCGUCAUCGGGGAAAGCUACAGGAUCUACUUCCUCAACGAGGGCUCCAAGUCGUUUGUGGGCAAUCCCUACAUUUCCGCCCUGUACAAGCAGGUGGGCGUGUUUGUCUUUGGCUGCGCCAUCAGCCAGUCUUUCACCGACAUCGCCAAAGUGUCGGUGGGCCGCCUGCGCCCCCAUUUCCUUGACGUGUGCAAGCCCGACUUUACCACUAUCAACUGCUCCUUGGGCUACAUCACCGACUACCAGUGUCAGGGCCCCGAGAGCAGAGUCCAGGAGGCCAGGAAGUCGUUCUUCUCCGGACACGCUUCCUUUUCCAUGUACACCAUGCUUUAUCUCGUGUUUUACCUGCAGUCUCGUUUCACCUGGCACGGAGCCCGGCUGCUCCGCCCACUGACCCAGUUCACCCUCAUCAUGAUGUCCUUCUACACCGGCCUGUCCCGUGUCUCCGAUCACAAGCAUCACCCCACUGACGUCCUGGCUGGUUUCAUCCAGGGUGCCCUGGUGGCCUACUGCAUUGUGUUCUUUGUAUCGGAUUUGUUCAAGGGCAAAGGGAGACGUUCCGCCUUAUCUUUGACUCCCGUGAAGAAAGAUCUCGUCCCUCCGGUGGACAUCAGAGAGAGGAGUAAUCACCUUAUCAUGGCAUAGCACGCGCUGCAAACUGGCCAUUUCUAAAUCACUACGACAGACACCGGCCCCACAAACUGGGACUGAAUGAACUCCAACAGUGCGGAGAAAGCAGACAUUGAAGACAUCGCGGAAGAUUUCCCUGAGAUGAGAAAAGGCUGCGGGAGGGGGGAAAAAAAAAAAACCCAAAACAAGCGUGAUGUCCUUUCUUAACGGAAACAUGCGCGUGCUUGCCGGGUCCCACAACCAAAUUCCAUGUUGCCAGAGAGAGGACGGCUCGGCCUCCUUCUUUCUGAAAGACAUCAAGUCGUGGGCCUCCUCCCUCUGUCAAGGCUGUUCCACGAGCACGGGUGAGGAAAAACAGCUGCAUCCAGCGUGCGGGCAAUUAUCCUGCCACUCACUCACUCACUCACUCACCGUGUGGCCGAUUCAAAUUUGAAAACAAAUUCCUUGAGUUCAGGAAGGAUGUUGCAUUACCUUUUUUCUUUCUUUUU